AUGACUUCCUGCCAGGUUGUACAAGACGUUCCCGUGGGAAGGAUUGCUAUCUUUGGAGGAACUCACGGCAACGAGUUAUCAGGGGUGUUUUUGGUCAAGCACUGGCAGGAAGACGGGACUGAAAUUCAAAGACCAGGGUUGGAGGUGAAGCCUUUCGUUGCCAAUCCAAGAGCGGUAGAGAAGUGUUGCCGGUAUAUUGACUGUGACCUGAACCGGGUUUUUGAUGCUGAGAAUCUGGGGAGGAAAGUUACAGAUGAUACUCCAUAUGAAGUGAAAAGGGCUCAAGAAAUCAAUUGCAUGUUUGGCCCAAAAGGUAGCCACAAAGAAGCCUAUGACCUUAUCUUUGAUCUUCACAACACAACAGCUAAUAUGGGCAGCACUCUUAUACUGGAAACCUCCAGGGAUGACUUUACCAUUCAGCUGUGUCGUUAUAUUAAGGAUGCUUUGGCUCCAGAAACCUGUGCCGUUUUCCUGAUUGAGCAUCCUAACUUGAAAUAUGCAACGACCCGGUCUAUAGCAAAAUAUCCUGUUGGUGUGGAAGUUGGUCCUCAGCCCCAAGGAGUUCUUAGAGCGGAUAUUUUAGGUAAAAUGAGGAAGAUAAUCAAACAUGGCCUUGACUUCAUACACAGUUUCAAUGCAGGGAAAGAAUUUCCACCAUGCACAAUUGAAGUUUACAAAAUAAUGGAGAAAGUAGAUUAUCCCAGAAACAAAAACAAUGAGAUUACUGCUGUUGUUCACCCUGACCUGCAGGAUCAAGACUGGGAGCCUCUCAACCCUGGCGAUCCGAUGUUUAUAACUUUUGAGGGAAAGACAAUCCCAUACGAAGGAGACUCCAUCAUAUAUCCAGCAUUUGUGAACGAGGCUGCUUAUUAUGAAAAGAAUCAAGCUUUUGUAAUAACUGUAAAGCAAAAAUUAAGUGCCAAAGGCAUAAGAUCCUCUCUGUCGUAG